CCGGCCCCGCUGCGCCCGCCCCGCGCCCGCGCCCACUAGUAUGGUGCAGCGGCGGCCGCGCUCGCGAUCAUGGGUGAGAAGCUGGAACUGAGGCUCAAGUCGCCCGUGGGAGCCGAGCCCGCCGUGUACCCGUGGCCCCUGCCGGUCUAUGACAAACACCAUGAUGCUGCUCAUGAAAUCAUUGAGACCAUUCGAUGGGUCUGCGAAGAAAUACCGGAUCUCAAGCUUGCCAUGGAAAAUUACGUUUUAAUUGACUAUGAUACUAAAAGCUUUGAAAGCAUGCAGAGACUCUGUGACAAGUAUAACCGAGCCAUUGAUAGCAUUCAUCAACUGUGGAAAGGAACAACCCAGCCCAUGAAAUUGAACACUCGGCCAUCCAAUGGGCUUCUUCGACAUAUCUUGCAGCAAGUAUAUAACCACUCAGUCACAGAUCCAGAGAAACUCAACAACUAUGAGCCCUUUUCUCCAGAGGUGUAUGGAGAAACUUCAUUCGACUUAGUUGCCCAAAUGAUUGAUGAGAUUAAAAUGACCGAGGAUGAUUUGUUUGUUGAUUUGGGCAGUGGAGUGGGGCAGGUGGUUUUGCAAGUUGCUGCAGCCACAAACUGCAAACAUCAUUAUGGUGUGGAGAAAGCAGACAUCCCAGCGAAGUAUGCUGAGACAAUGGACAGAGAAUUUAGAAAAUGGAUGAAAUGGUAUGGGAAGAAACAUGCAGAAUACACACUGGAAAGAGGUGACUUCCUUUCAGAAGAAUGGCGGGAAAGAAUUGCAAACACGAGUGUUAUUUUUGUGAAUUUUGCCUUUGGUCCUGAGGUGGAUCACCAACUGAAGGAACGAUUUGCUAACAUGAAGGAAGGUGGCAGAAUCGUGUCCUCCAAACCUUUGCACCUCUAAACUUUAGAAUUAAACAGUAGAAACUUGAGUGAUAUUGGCACUAUAAUGAGAGUUGUGGAACUAUCGCCACUGAAAGGGUCGGUUUCAUGGACUGGCAAGCCAGUUUCUUACUACCUGCAUACUAUUGAUCGAACCAUACUUGAAAACUAUUUUUCUAGUCUCAAAAAUCCAAAACUCAGGGAGGAGCAGGAGGCAGCCCGCCGACGGCAGCAGAGAGAAAGCAAGAGCAACACAACGACCCCAACGAAGGUCCAGGAAAACAAAGGAGCUGUUGCCUUGGAGCCUCGAGUGGAUUCUGGGCUGAAGAAGAUAACAAAUGGGACGGCUGCUCCUUAAAAGCCAUCUCCUUCCAAGCCUCGAAAAAGAAUAACAAAUAAGGGAAGGAAGAUGGCACGGAAGAAAACGUGGUACGUCCCAAGAAACAUGAGUGCUGCAAACCCUGAACGAAAAACCGAAGAAGACUCGACUGCACUGGAGCUUUUGCAUGCUCAGACUGUGUCCCAGGCAGCUGCAUCCUCUCCUCAGGAUGCAUACAAGUCACCUCAUAGUCCAUAUUAUCAACUACCUCCUAAAGUACAACGGCAUUCCUCCAACCAGCUAUUAGCAACACCAACACCGCCUGCACUCCAGAAGCUGUUAGAAUCAUUUAAGGUCAGUACCUGCAGUUCCUGGCCUACAUGAAAACCCCCUCCAGUACAAGCAAACCUGCAGCAGUUGGUGGAGCAGGAGAAGGAAAAGAACACUCAGUUGUUAGGUACUGCCCAGCAGUUGUUCAGCCACUGUCAGGCUCAGAAAGAGGAGAUCAAGAGACUUUUCCAGCAAAAACUUGAUGAGGUAUGGGGACAGUUGGCUCUGACCUACAAUGAUCUGAUACAAGCCCAGAAGAAGAUCUCUGCUCACAACCAACAGCUAAAAGAACAGACAAAGCAGCUAGAAAGUGAUAACAGUGAACUCAGGAACCAAAGCUUGCAACUGCUUAAGGCUCGGUGUGAAGAGCUGAAGCUGGAUUGGUCUACUCUCUCACUGGAAAAUUUGAUGAAGGAGAAGCAAGCACUGAAGAAUCAAAUUUCCGAGAAGCAAAAGCACUGUCUGGAGCUUCAGAUCAGCAUUGUGGAGCUUGAGAAAAGCCAAAGGCAGCAGGUACUGCAGCUGAAAUCCUACGCGCAAGCUGAUGGCUUGUCCGUCCACCUGCGAAGUAAAAGCAGCUUCAGCCGUGAGCUGGAGACUGACCCUACCAGGUUCCAGUUGGAGCUCGAAUGCUCCAAGUUGGCUUUGCCCCCACAUCAAUAGCUGAGCCCUGAACUCUCUAUGAAUGGCCAUGCAACCUCCUAUGAGAUUCAUAGUAUGCUUAGCCGGCCUUCUUCCAAACAAAACACUCCACAGUAUCUGACCUCCCAUCUGGACCAAGAAAUAGUUCCUUGCACCCCCAUUCAUAACAGCAGCAGAAGGCAGCAAAUUGUCGAGCUUGUCCUACCUGAUUACACCAGGUUCCCUGCUAAGUUAGCCCUAAGGAGACACUUGAAUCAGGAUCAUGUAGUCCAUGGAAAAGCUACAACUAAUGAAAUUCAUUCCAGAGCUGAACAUGCCAAAAGAGAAUGGCUUCGACCUCUCAGAGCCCUGGUAUGUCAAAUGGCCUAAAGCUGCCCUCAGGACACUCGGCCUUCUUCCCCCUCUGCCUUACAGAUUGCAGGAGAGAAGAGCAGUGACAAGGUUUUAAAAGAGAGAGCCUAUGCCAGCAAUGGAGAAACAAUCACCAGCCUACCUAUCAGUAUUCCUCUCAGCACAGUGCAGCCCAAUAAACUUCCUGUCAGUAUCCCAUUGGCCAGUGUAGUGUUGCCCAGCCGUGCAGAGAAAGUGAGGAACACACCUAGUCCAGUUCAUCAGAAUCGAGAGUCUACUUCAGCAACACUUGAAAAACAGUUUGGUGCUAAUUCCCAUAAUGGUAUGAACAGUGCUGUAGGAAACAAGUCCCUUGCUUUGGCUACCUCAGGUUUUUCUUAUAGUGGCUCCUUGGCAGUCAAUGGCACGCUUUCCAGUAGCCCAGCCCAUCUUAAUCAUGCUGCUGAGCAGGUAGCCCUGGAUGAUUCUUCCAAUUCCGGGAGCCUCUUUAAUUCUGUGGGUUCCCGGAGUUCUACACCACAGCAUCCUUCUUUACUCAUGAUGCAGUCCCGGAACUCCGGCCAGAACUCUCCGGCCCACCCACUUGCUGCCAGCCCACGCCUCAAUGGAGCUUCUCAAAGCAUGAUGGGGAUUUUGCAGUACUCGGAUGCUACAAAAUUGUUCUCUGAAGGUAACAAGGGGGAUCUUCCACUAGAUUCAGGCUUUUCAGAAACUGAUGAAGUCAAGAGAAGAAUCCUCUUUACAAUCUCGACCAAUACAGGGAACCUGAAGCAGUCUCCUUCCAACAAACACAGCCCUCUGACAACUAGCAUCCGCACAGACUGCGGGCAGGCUGGUGUGCAGGGAGGGCAAGAAGAGGGGCAGAAGGAAGCGGUCUUCACGGGGAACCCCAGUGCGAACAGUGUGGUAUCUCCCAAGCGCAAGCCCUUACCGUCUGUGGCAGGCCUCUUCACCCAGUCUUCAGGCUCACCCCUCAACAUCAACUCCAUGGUCAAUAACAUUAAUCAGCCUUUAGAAAUAACAGCCAUUUCCUCCCCUGAAAACUCCCUGAAGAACUCUCCUAUUCCUUACCAGGACAGCGACCAGCCUCCGGUGCUGAAAAAGGAGAAGCCCUUGGUCCAGACGAAUGGGGCGCACUACUCACCCCUGACCUCGGACGAGGAGCAGGGGUCUGAAGACGAGCACAGCAGCAUCAGGAUUGAAAGGAAAAUCGCAACAAUCUCUUUGGAGAGCAAAUCUCCCCAGAAAACAGAAAGUGGUAAGUGGUGGUGCCUUACAGGAAGGAAGCAAACCCAGCUGACUGAAGGCAUCAACAGUAGUAAAUGGAAAUCUACCUUUUCACCAAUAUCAGACAUCAACCUUACCAAACAUCCACAGCCCUUACAGGCAGCUUCAUCCCUGAGCCAGAAUUCCCUGUUUGCCUUCCGGCCAUCCCUCGGAGGAUCCAAGGCUAUCGAUGCCAAGAUCUCGUGCACACGAGGAAAAGCUUCUCCAGUUCAUUGCAGGACGAUGGUCCUCAUCCCCAACACAAACUCCUCCAAUGGAUUCUCCUAUGCCGGGGCCUGUCUGCUGCUGACAUGAGUUGUACACAGCUUUCACGAGUGCUUCUCUUCUCAUAAGACCCCGGAGGUGACCAGCUUAAGCUCCCCCCUGGUGUUUACGGCACAGCGGAGCAAAGAGAGCUCAAUGCCAACCCUUUUCUGAAUAAGAGGCAGCCUGGACAGCCUGGGAAGUAUGAAGGGGGAAGAGGUACAGAGAGCAGGAGGGAGAAGCAAAGAGGUGCUUGACCUGGGCCUGCAGCUGGGGGGUCCUUUCUGACAAGGCUCACUGCAACACAAUGGCAAGGCUAGCAAAGCCGGGACAGGGAGUUGGAGUUUAAAAAACGGCCACAAUCUUUUCAUUUCCGCUGCUGCGGCCCCGUUCCCUCCCGGGGGCCUUCUCAACGGCAAAGGCCUUUCGACGUCGGCCUCUGCGGCCGGCCACCCUGCUUCUUGUUCGACGCACCACCCUUUUCUAAACACUUUCACCACUGUCCAGUUUCCCCUGGGCCCUAUGUCCCUGCAGGCCAACCUCAGUUCGGUGGCAGGCUCUUCAGUAUUGCAGUCUUUAUUUAAUUCCAUGCCCGCUGCAGCCAGUUUGGUCCACGUGUCAUCGGCUGCGACCAGAUUGACAAAUUCUCACGCUAUGGGAAACUUCUCUUCUGGGGUUACAGGUGGAACAGUUGGAGGUGUUUUUAACCAUGCGGUGCCUUCUGCCUCUUCUCAUCAGUUUGGAGCCAGUUUCCGCAGCAGUGCUGUCUGUAGCAGCACCAUGCUAAGCUUAAACCCAAUGCAGGCUGUGGUCACCCCCACUUCCUCUUCCUUCCAGGCCCCUUCCUCUAGCAUAGGAACAUGUAGUGAGGCUAGAGCCCCCCAGCACCUGAACCGAGUGCCUGUGCAGCCUGUCCUGCAUCCUUCUCCUCCCGCUCCUCCUCCUCCUCCUCCUGCUAACGUCUCAUUACCUCCACCCCCUCCAUUACUUGCUGCUUCUAACCCGGAGCCGGGGAUUCCACAGACCCCUGACAUCCAUUCCGCUAACAAAGCUUUUGUUGUGCCCUCCUCGGCUGCUUCUCCCCAGGCUAACGCUUCUCUGUCUAUCAAGCUCGCAUCCCUCCCCCACAAAGCUUCCCGACCCUCCUUCACAGUCCACCACCAGCCUCUGCCCCGUUUGGCUCUGGCCCAGGCUGCACCUGUGGUCCCGCAGUCCAACGCCGCUGGCCCGCCCGCUAUGUGGGUUACCCUUGGCAUGCAGUCUCCUUACGCUUCGCACCUUUCUGGGGUUAAGCCGCGAUAAAGAGCUUGCUUAGCUAGCUGUCCAUAUUAUGUAAGGUAAGGCUAGAGCCGAACUAGGUGGUUUAUGCACAAAAUUGAAUUCCCUUCCUUUCACAGAGUCCAGAGGCCAGCUGAGGUCAGGCUAGGGGCCUCAGGUGUGCCAGUGCAGGCUUUACUGUGGCUUGGGGAUCAGCAUCCCUCUGGGUCCAGAAGCGGGGGGAUGUUUUAUUGCAUUCCUUCCUUGGGCUUAUCAGGAAUUCCCAAACCAAAUGCCGAGGAGGCAAAACCUAAAACCUAAAACCAAAAACCAUGCUUAGCCCCUGAAGAUACCUGGGGCUGAUCAAACUGGCCAAGUAGGUGGGGAGCCCUUUCUCCUUUCCAAACCCUGUGGAGGUGACAGAGCUGUCAUCCUCAUCUGUCUUGAGGGCCCAGAAGGCCGUUCUGUUGGCCCCUGAGGCCUGAGUCCUGGUCAGGCUGCAAACAUCCAUAAGGAAGCCCGUUCCUUGUGUGGGCCUUACCCUGCAUAAGGGCACUGGGGGUGACUACAGCUUGAGGGGCACAAUGCUGAUGGAGGAGGAGGAAGAAACUCUGAUAGUUACGCUGGCUCAGCUGAUAGUACUGCCCAGGAACCUGACUAUUUAAGCAUGGCACCCUGACCUGAGAUUUGUGCACUUCGACAGCACCCAGCAGGCUCUGGGGUACCAGGGCUGGUAGUUGAGUUUUCAGCUGGUCAAGUCGAAUUCACAGGGGGCUUGGGGCUGAGAGAGCAGCCCUUUGCUCUCUCUACUAAUGAGCUAGAAGUCAGAGCUUUGUCUGCUGACCUUUCUAAACUCAGCCCUAAGUGGUCCUUAAUGCCCCUUGUGGCUACUACCAGGUCAACAAGCGCUUCUCUGAAGUCACACUUCAGUCUGUCUUCCUUCCCUGGGCUAUUUCAGGUAUUUCAAAUAAGAAAGACUCUGUGGUCUUCCUACCACUUUCUAUCUGAAAAAGAUUUGGAGGUUGUCCCCUGGGAUAAACCAUACUUUUUGAACAUAGAAGUUUUAAGUAGUAUUUGUGCUCCAUCAACUCAUUUACAAUCCUGUAGGGAACAGCUUAAGUCACUGGUGGUCCCAUUGAUAAUUGCCAUGUUCUUUUCAGACAUCUUUCCAUUCCUCUGUUUGUGGUGUGUAUUUUGAGAUGAUUUAUAUGCAGGUCAAGUGUGUUUUGGGAAAGGGAAUAGGACGGACUAAGUUAUUUAUUCAGCAAAUGUCAAAUUCCCACCCCAUGCAAGACAUAGGAGGUGGAUGUUUUAGUGUUAUCCAAGCAAUUUAGAGUCAGUUAGCAUUAACAUUGGCACCAACAAGGUUGAUUUUUACUGUAUUCUUUCUUAAGACACCUGAAAUCUAGAAUGUUGGGCUAGCUGAGGUCCAUGGAAUGGCCCCAGGCCCAACUCCACUCCCCAAUGGCUCCCGUGCUCUACAACUAACAAACAGAACUUCAGUGUCUCUUCUUUUCCAAAUCAGAAGAGACGAGCCCCCUACACAAGAAACAAACAAACAAACAAACAGAGACUCGGCCAUUACUUUUUAUUAUUUAUGCCCUAUACACACGUAUCACCACGCUUCCAGUGCCUGGUUCCUGCACCCUCCCAAACGUCCAGCAGAGUUCAAUGCUGGCAGCAUGGAAAGACUCGAGUUUGGUUGAGCAGGGUGAGACAGAGGGUUUCAAAAGUCCUUUUUUUUUUUUUUUAAAGUUUCAGUAGCUUAAAACUGCACUAAGACCUUUGAAACAACCUGUAUAUGUUGUGUGGGGAAGCUCCCCAACUGCUUGGUUUCCGGGCGACUCACCAAGACUUUAGAGAUUGAAAUCAUCCAGUGAAGGGAAGGCACCUCACGAAAUCACUGACCCUUCAAGAAUAUGUUGUAGUUUGGACACUGUCCUGACAGGGUUGAAACACUGGUCGCUAUGAAGUCUUUCAGCCUGACUUAACCCUUCUCUUGCCAUUCCCUCACAUCUCCCCACUCCCUGAUGCUUGAUAAAUGAAGUGUGAUACUAUUCUUACUGAUGUUGUAGAUAUUUUGGAAAUAAUGACUGGUUCAUUUGCAGCUCUUGCUGUGAUUGUAGUCCUAGUUCUGUAGGAGUCACCCAGGAGCAAACCAGUUUAGUAUUUGACUGAACCCCAUUAGCCCAGGGAGGGUGCCUUGCUCAGAAAAUCUCACUUUUCCUCUGGUUUUUUGAUCCAGCUGCUAUUGCUGCUGCAGCGCUGCAUUCGUUGCUCACACUCCCCAACAUCAUCUGGAAGAACUGGAACACCAUCUUAAAAAAUAAGGGCCUGGUUGAAACCUUCCCGAAAUAAGGGCAGGAGAUUUGGUGGACAGAAAAUGCCCAAAGGGAGAAGAGGACAGCAUUCUCUUCCUGCUGUUGUGCAUCUCCUUGUUGUCCUUAUGCUCCCCUGGCAUUUUGGUCAUUUCCCAGGCAAGCUGGCUGGGCCACAGACAGAGAGAGGGUUUCCCAGAGAUUGUCCGGUAUAGCAGAGGCAGCCCCCACCUCCACCCAGGGACCUCCCAGCUUCUAGCCAAGCCUUUUCACAGAAGCCGAUGCCUCCCUGGGGAGUGGAGGACAGUUGUAACUUUUUAGCCCUGCUCCUAACCGCUCACAGACAUUUGGGGAACAGUGCGGCAAUGGCUAUUGGCAAAGGAAGGGCAAGUGAAUUAUACAUUCUCUGAAGGCUUAAAGCAUCAGAUCUCCCAAAUUCAGUACUUAAGUAAAAAGGGAUAAGUCACUUAAUCCUCUGUGGCCUCAGUUUCCUUUCCAUUUAUUUCCAUCCUGAUUCUAAAAAAUGAAGUUCGUGUUCAUUUCCCCAUGCACAUCCCUCAAGAGGUUACUAGGGUGCAUUUUUUAUAGGAGUGUUUUGACUUUCCUGGCCAACCUAAUGUUAGAAAAAUGUGGGAUACAUUUCUGAUUUUUUGCUUGCUUUCUUUCCUUCCCCUGAUGUCUGUCUAGGUAACUAGAAUUUCUACCUCAACCCCAUGUGACCUAUGCAAGGACAUCGUGGACCAACUCACUCAGCUUCCACUGAAAGGUGCUCACCUGGCCUGCAAGGGUUUCAACUCACAAACUACUGGAUGACAACGUAAACAAAAACGAAAAAAAAAUUUAAAGUACGACAGAGUAAAGAAUAUUCUACUGUGAAUCGGAGUUUAAAAAACUGCAGAAGAAAAGGCUCCAGUUUGUAUUGUUGAUAGUUUUAGAUAAAGUAUUUAUCAUUUUUUAAAAAGUAAAAACAAUUUUGACUUAUUUUAUUCCAUCUAAGUCAUAAAAAGGCAACUUAUUAAGAAAAUAUAAAUAUAUAAGAAUAUAUAUAAAUAAAUAAGAUAUAUAUAAAGGACUGGCACACCAGCAGACAUGUCAACAGCCUGUUCUCGGUGCUAUUUCACCCAUCAGAACUGUGCCUCUGUAGUUCUCCUUGGUGCUGACUUUCGAGGGUUGACCAAUGCCAAAUACAGUUCUCGGGAAAGUCUGCUUUAUUUAUUCAAGUCACUCUGUUCAUUUACCAAAGGCUUUACCUGUCCUGAAAAAGUGAGGGCAAAAAAGUUGAUGUGUGGGUUUGGGGCCUUGGUGGUUUUUGUUUGUUUUUAUUUUUAAAAACUCCUUUAAUUAAGCAACUACUUGUGUUUGAUGACCGUCCUCCACUUUGUCGAGCAGCUGCUAGACAGCCUGCUCUUGCAUCCUGGUUACCAUCCAACCAGACAGUUCUUCUUGAGCUGAGAAUACCGUAAGCUAGUUUCCUUGUCCUCCUCAUAUGCCCCCAUCACUGAGUUCCCCUGUCACUGUGAAUUUUACCUGCUCUACUGCUCAUUCUUUUAGCCCUUUGUUUUGGGGAUGUCAUUGGUAUAUGAACAGAGUGCAUCAUUACUGGUGUUGGUCAGGCCCAAUUUAAUUUUACAUGGCAACAUUGAACAUGAAUUCCCAAGCUGGGGCAAGUUUGGGUUUCUCAGCUUUUGCCGUUUUUGUUCAAAGUACUCUAUAUUUUGUUUGUAGUUUUUUGAUACUUGACCCCCAGAUGGCUUGGCCUUUGUACUAAAUGCAUUUGCUUUUGUAUUUCUUUGCUUUUCAGUAGAUUUAAAUGGUAGUUCUCUUCACACACAUACAUACAUACAUACACACACACAAACACAAAUCCCACAUAACUAUCUUAUUACGCACCGAUCUGAUGAUGUGGCAACAAAUUAGUUGUCUUGCGACCUGGUGUUCUGUGUACAGAAAAGUGUCACGCUAAGGAAGUGACAGUAUUUUAUAGAGAUAUGAUGAAAAUUUAUAAAUUUCAUAUACUUGAUUUCAUUUAUUUUUAGAUUGUAUAAUGCACAGUAAACUUUUAAAAAAGAGAGAGGAAAAAAUUACAAAACGUUUUUAUUUAUUCAAGUGCACAAAAAAGGGUAUAGGUUCCAUUUUUAAGCUUCUGAUUUUGAGACUAGGUUAUCAUGGACUGGACCAAGUACUCAGAUAGGAAACGGCAAUAACCAUGAAUUGCGGUAGUAUAUCGACUAGGCCCAGUGUACCCCUGCCUAAGCAAGUGUUUGGUCAUGGCCGGCAGAGGCUUUGGAAGCCUUUUGGCCUCCUCAGACCCAUUUCUCCAAAGCUUCUUGAAGCUUCCUGUUUUCAUAGCUCUGGGAUGGAGAGACAAGUGUCCUCCCCAGCUGUUCUUAGCUACCUUGAUUGAUUGUUUUCUGCUUGGCCACAUCGUGUUAGGCUUCAUCAGUUAAUUGAUAAUGAAUUAAAUGACUCAUCUUGAGAAUAUUUCUUCUUAUUUGUGUCUCUGAAUCAGGUUAUUGCCUACAGCCCAGCAUGUUGUGUCUGGGAGUGUCUCAGUGUAGAAUUGUGUUUAGAUUCCAGUUGCUGGAUUAGGUAUUCCAAGCUUCUGCCUCUGCUACAGAAUUUCCCCAGCUGGUGAUUCUUCCUGUUCUUCAACCCUCUUCUCUCUUCCCCCACCCCCAUCCCUGCACUGAGCCACAGGGACUUGAAGGUUUCAAUGUUGGUACUCAGCAAAAAGGAGCAGGUUGAGUUGGACUCUUGGGAAGAAGUGUAUGGAGGAGGAGCUGGAGAGGAUGCUUGAAGGGCAGCAGACACGGCAGCUUCUAGUAGAAGCUGGGAGUAUUCCCUGGAAUCCAAGAAGUCAUGAAAGAAGCCACAUGACUUAUGACCACCAGAGAAGCAUAUCCCCUGGGGCAGGUUCUGUGGAGGCCAAACCUGGGGCUAUCUUUAGGGCCCUGAGGUUUGGGAGAACCCCCAAGAAAGAAUGUGCUGAACCCGAGUGGAGGCAACCUUGUCUCAUGACAUCAUAAAUAGAACUGCUGCCUCAUAAGGCAGUAGAUGUGGGCUUGGGGAAGGGAAGGCAACAUAAAAUGAUGAGGCCAUUGCCGUUCUUGUAGUUUGUAUAAAUGGGGAUCAUUGCCCAGAACAGCUCAAGCCUGAGGCUAGCCAGGCUCUGGGUACAGACUUAGUGGUGAUCAAAAAUGUGCCGGUGACUCUUUGGCAAACCCAAUAAUGUGUAAAUUUAUCUGUGUCUCUGGCUGAAAGGUGAGGCCCGUGGAGUGAGUUGGUCAGUCAGUUGUGCAGUCUCUGGCAGGAGGUUCAGCACCCCUAGCUGGACCUGCCAUCAUUCUUCCCUCCACUCCCUUUCCAUACAGAGUCCCAAGAGCAGUCCUGGUGGGAAGAUCAGCUCACAUGUGGACGGCCUGGAGGGGGAUUUGUUUUUUAAAGGCUACUAAAGAAAGCCUUUGGACUUCAGACAUCUAAUCUAACGCCCUGAUUCUAGAACUUGAUCCCUGAGAGUUUGUUUUAAUAGAGUGCUCAGCACCCCAUGUGUCAUUGCCUUUUUUUUCCUGAGACCUCAUGCCAGAAUAUUGGGAGGCUGCUUGGGGAGGCUUCGCCUAGAGGGUAAACUGAAUGAAGCUGUUUCUGGGUGGAACAAAGGAACCCACUCUUCUGUUGGAAUUCCCCAGCGUCAGCUGGAGAGGCUCUUUUCUGAAGUGAUUCUAACCUUUAUGACCAAGUCCUCCAGAACAGCCCCCGGAGGCCAGCUCUAAGCCUUGGCAGCUAGAAACUUCCCCCUUUCCUCAUGGGGGAGUCUGAACAAGGCCUGAGCUCUGCCUGUCUUUUCUCUCAGGAACUAGUUUAAAAUAGGAAAUGAAACACAGUUGCACCUUGUAUUCCCACAACUUUCAGAUCCUCAGAAUGUUAGUUAUUUCCCAUCUAAAUUAACGUUCUUUAGAAAACAACCUUGCAAAUCCACCGGCUGCCCUCUUCUCCAAGUACAAGGAAUCUAUCCAGGACAAGUUCUGCUGGUUCCCCGGCGAUGGCAAAAGCUUUAAAAGAAUGUGUUGGCUCUUCUCUCCAGUGAAGGGUGUGUGAUGUACCAGCCCCCUCUCACAAAGAAUUUAUCCCAGUUUAUGGAAAGGGGGCAGAAAAGCUUGAAGAUACUCAGAGGCUCUGAGGGAUAGUGGUGCUGAAUUAGCUUUGGUGUCAGGUGUUUGAACAGUUCUGGAGUGAGGGAAUGUGUUUCCCGGGGCUCUUCUCUGUUCUUUAAGGGGAAAUAAGAUGCAGCUGUAAACCUAGGAAGUGACCCCAUCAAGUGAGUAGGCCAAGAGUAACAGGGUAUGUCCAGUUGGACAAGAAAGGCCUGAAAAGUCUGAGAUCCCAGUUACUUUCUCUCUCUUUGGUCUGCCUGCUCCCCCCUGCCCCCAUUACUAUUGAGCAGAAAUAAAGGAUAGCUAGCUUUCUUUGUCAGCUGUCCUGAAGUCCUGAAUGUUGAAAGGGAUCUUAGCUCCCUAUGGGCAUGUUGUUAAAGGUGCUCAUAAAGCCAACACUUCUAGCCAUCCCUAGUGCUCCUACUAAUUUUCAGUAGUCCUUGAACUAGGCCCUGUGGGUUUGGAUGCAGUUGGGCAUGGAGAGGGCAAACAGAACCAGAGAGCCUCCUCAAAAAAGCCAGCAAAUUGUCCCCAAAGACUUGGCCUAGUAUUGACUUUUCAGGAGCAUUUCUGCUUUCUGCUCACCCUCCUGGCCCCCAACUGCAGAGAGUUGCCAGAGGGUGACCGCUCACUCUGAAGGCCUGGCACUUUGGCUUAGCCAGAGGCAGGGCAGUGAACAGGGCGAUCCUGGACACUUUUCACUUGGCUGUCUGGUACAAUUGGGGAAGGCCCUCCCCCUCACUUUGAGGGUGGGGAACAGGAUCAGUCCGACCCUUUGGGGAACUAAAACACUCAGUUUGGGCCUUAGAGCAAAAGACCAGUUCUAAAGACGGUGCUAUUUUUCAGCUUUUCGAAAACAGACUUAAUAUUCAAGAGGGAAAUUGUGCCCUCCCUUCUUCCUAUAAAGUUGGUGCUUCCCUCGCUCCCAGGUGCUAUGCGGUGCUUAGCUGAGCUGGGAAUCGUCAGCUCCUCUUCUGCACAAAGUAGGCCUGUUGUUCCUUUCCCUUUUGGCCUCCUAUAUUAAGGAGUAUAUUCAAGUUUCAAGAUGUCAGCACAUCUCCCCCAUCUCCGUGACCCAGGCACCCUCCUUCCUCUUCCAGGUCCUUCUCCACCUCCUCCUGGCUAGAAGCCAUUAGGUGAUAGCUCUUUCCUCCCUCACCGAGUUCCUAUUCCUUGUACUCAGUUCCAGUGGGCUAGAGGGAAGAAGUCCAUGUCUUUGUGACUUGUCAUUGCAGCACUAAAACAGGAGAAAGGACACCCUUAGUUUGAGAGUCCUGUACUCGCACACUGCACAGUCUGGGGAAUGGGGAAUGGUUGUGUUUCUCAAACACAUUGGAUGAAUUACUGUUUGGUGCCAUUUUUGUUUAUACUUUCUACAUAAAAAACGUGUGUACACACACACACACACACGUACACAUAUUGACCUGAGUAUUGCAGGACAAGAUAUUACUGUGGCUACCAGAGCUUACGCCGAAAAUUCAACUGAAUUAUACUCUCAGCAUAUGGCAUUUGUGAAAUUCUUUAGGGAUUGAAAAAGAUUCACUCCUUGAAGGAAAAAUAUGUUUGUGUCACUUUAAAUGCUGACAGAUAAUAAUAAUAAUGUAUUGACCAUUAUUAACUCUUCAGGUUGCCCUGUGACUCUAAGGUACACCUGUAUGCUUCACUGAGAUUUAGCCUUUCAUAAAGGUGCUUUUUAAGAGACAACGGGGAAGGGAGAAAUGAGGUCAGGGUUUGCAUUCCUCUAGCUAAAUGGUCAACUUGAAUUUAUGAAAACACUUUGGUCUUCUUUCUAGAUGGCUUUUAGGCAUGGGAUUUGGAGCUGUCGGAGAGCAGAGGGUUGUUGAGGGAAAUGAAGCAGAUGAUGAAAUUCUUACUGAUUUGUUAAAGUUUAAAGUUAACAACUAGAACAAUCCCUUCCCCAGAGUGGAUUUAAAAAACCCACCCACACACAUACACCCACGUCUUGCUUAGGACUUGUGCUAUGGGAUGUUUCCUAGUCAAUAGGAAUUAGUUUAUAUGCUUUAGCCUAUGAAUUUGUGACUUAUUUAAAAUUCAAAUUGUUUCCCUUAAUUUAUGUCAAUACAUUGUCAUUCCGUUCAUUUUUAUUAGGAACUAGUUAAUCCUGAACCUUUUCCCCUCUCAUGCUUGUAAAAUUAAUUCACAGUUCAGAAUGUAAAAGGUUUUUCCCUUCUGUUUCAGUUCCUCAUGUGUAUCUUAAUUUGUAAUUGAAAAGAUGCUUUUAAGUUUGCCUUUAUAUUAAAAUCUGUAUUUUAAAUGUGUGUAUCUGCUGUGUUGCUUCCCUUUUCAGGCAUCCUUUUCCUAGGGUAAAUCCAUAACAUGCUCCAUUCCCACC